CCAUGCAAACGUUUGAAUAACGAGUUUUGACGAGGCCUGCAAACCACAAGCCCACUGUGGUCAGCUGUCAAGGAUCGUUUUGCCGUGAACAACAUUGUGCAGGUGUUGUGCAACAUUAGUGGAAAUCACAAUAAAUCGGCGUUAAAACAGAACCGAACCUCGGGCUGUGUGUUUGGCACGGAGAUAAGGACCUCUCGGUAACUUGCCCUUUCCAGCACGUGGCUAUCUCAUCGCGCACCCAUCUUCCCAUCGCUUCUCCACGCCGUUCCGGUUUGUUGCUUCUGUCUGCUGCUGCGGGUGUGUGUGCGCGCGCGAUUACUCGAUGCAUUCGUUCGUGCGUUCGUCGUGUGCCUUCGUCAAAAAUUCCUUUGUGCUGAACCAGUGCGGACGUCCCGUGUUGCUGAACGCUUCUGCUGCUGCUACAUUCCACACAUCGAAGAUGGUGCAAAUUAAGGAAGGUGACAAGAUUCCCUCGAUCGACCUGUUUGAGGAUUCGCCCGCCAACAAGGUAAACAUUGCGGAUCUCUGCUCGGGCAAGAAGGUGAUCCUGUUUGCCGUGCCCGGAGCCUUCACGCCCGGCUGCUCCAAGACGCACCUGCCCGGAUAUGUCGACAAGGCAGGAGAUUUGAAAUCGUCCGGUGCUGCCGAGAUUGUGUGCGUGUCGGUAAACGAUCCGUUCGUGAUGUCGGCCUGGGGCAAACAGCACAACGCCGGCGGCAAGGUGCGCAUGUUGGCCGAUCCGGCCGCCGCGUUCACCAAGGCGCUGGAGCUCGGUGCCGAUCUGCCGCCGCUCGGUGGACUGCGCUCGAAGCGCUACUCGAUGGUGCUGGAGGAUGGUGUGGUCAAGUCGCUGAAUGUUGAACCGGACGGUACGGGCCUCUCGUGUUCGCUGGCCGACAAGAUUAAGAUGUAAAAUGCGUCUCGUAAGCGUCGUAAAUCGCCGGCACACGCGCCUUCACGGCUCUUUUGCACACGUUUUCUCACAACCUCUAUAGCAAUAAUGUGUAUGGUUCAAUGGUUCAAUGGUUGUACCUUUUAACUCUCAAACUCGAUCGAUAAUAAUUAUCUAUUAGGACACACACACACACACACAUAGUUGAAUAUAGGCACUCGUAACAUAAUCUAGCUUCCAACUCCUUUCCUUUCCUUGGCCCAGGAUGGCUCUACACCACACUGAAGUAGGAUAGAAAUACGAAUUGAUUAUGUAUGGUCGAAAUUCUAAAACAUUCAACACACACACACUACACUUGUCGCUGUGCCGUAAUCGAAUGUGCUCUUGAUCCUUAAAUUAUUUCGAUGUCCGGAUGUCCUUUUUGGAGAUCAGUGUUGAGAUCACGAGAAAGAGAAAGAUGAAACUUACCAAAAACAAACCUGCAGAACCCCGAGAACAAUAACUAGUUGGCUACAUGAUAGGGAUAGAAAUUAGUGCCAGGAAAUACAUCCACAAUUUGCCAUUAUACCUGUAAUCAUUCAUCAAGGGAAUAUCCGUAAUCUUUAUCUGCAUGUUCCGAUGUUCCCCUAAGCGUGCACCACCACAUCCAAACGGGAGAGCAAAAUGCUUUCUCAUGCUUAACGAUGUCAAUUCCAAACACACACGCACAAAUCAAUCAGCGUUAGUGAAGGGUGGGCCAAUUGUUGGGGGACCGCGAAAGUGUGAAGAACGUGCGAAGUUGUGGUCGUUGUUGGGCGGGAUUCAUUGAAUUUAAAAAUUGAUGGAAUAAAAUUCACGAUGCAUGCAAUUUUCAUAUGCAACAACUAUAGGUACAACUAAUAA